AUGAAUUAAAAUUAAAACUUUCAAGGCAAUUUGAAUCUCUUCCCAGAAAUUGGUACACAUGGUGCUAGAGGAAAGUAAUAUGGUGGUAACAACAUAACAAUGAGAGGGAAUGAAAUCUUUGAAGGUUUAACAACUGGAAGACCUUCUAAAAACAUUAUUUAAGCCCAUUUCAAAGUGUUGAGAUUCUAUAGAAAAGUGUGUCGACUUAUUCCAUUUUUAUUAAGAAUUCAUGAUAUGGAAGUCACUUGCAAUUCAUAAUAGGCAAUGGUUAAUGUUGCUAAUGUAAUCAGAAAGAGAGCAUACCUAAGAGAUCCCGAUGCUGUUGAUAGAUGGGUGUAUCGUGGCUAUGAAUUACUCUACCAAGCAGAAUGGCAUAUGUUGAAUAGAGAUCAUUUAUUCCAAUAUUUUUCUAAUUAAAACAGAUCUGAUGCAGGAUACUCUUACUUGGAAAAUUAAAAGCUUAAAGGAAAGAGCGAAUUCUUAAAGGAUUUCUAUAUUGGAAAUAAGACAUAUGAAUAUUGAAAACAUAUUCAGCUAAAAAAGAACAGCAUAAUAUUAAUCAAAACAAGAAACUA